UGGGUGUGGAUAUUCAUUGCAUUGUGGUAGUAAGGAACGUCCAGUUUGAUCUGCAGAGAUCAUGUCAGGAAACAAGUCCUUUACUGCUGUCGUCAGGAUUAAGGACCAACCUCUGGAGACAUUUAUGGCACAAGUGUAAUUCUGUGGAAAAUAUGAACAUUGACUGGAAGUUCACUUCUAGUGAGAAGUGAUGGUUGUGAUUGAACCCUGUAUUGCAGUGCUCCGGUGUUAGUUUUCAGUAUUUUAAAUCAUGUCGCAACAGUUUAGUUACGUCAUUAUAAUGUGUUCUGGUGUGUUGGGGCCCAUGAGGCUGGUGAAGACUGUCUAAUGUGUUAAUUCGUCACUGUAUCCAAAUGAUUUGCAUCACUGGACUUUUUUCUGCUGCUCAACACCAGGAUGCAUCAAAUGACGUGAAGGUGAAACUUCAUCAGAUCACUUGGUAGCACGGAGUUUACCAGCCCAAGGCGCAUGUUAGUGUGCAUGUGUGUGUGCGCACAUUUAAAAGAAAGUUAUUUUAGGCAGUGCCAGUCUCGCCUAAAUGCAUUACUGUCAUUAUAAAUAAUAGAAAUCGUGUUAACAUUCUUUCUGUGCAUUUUCUCACCUUGACUACCAAAUUCAUAGUUGUUUUAUAUGCUUUUUACAGUUUCACUCUAAGGGGAUGUGUUGAACAUUGUCUUCUCGAAGAUUUAAGUGUUGUAAUUGUUAUGUAGGUGUUUCUGAGGGAGCGAUCGAUGUAUAUUGUUUGCCCUUACAAAUCCCACAAUAAUUGGAAGUAAUGAGGCACUGAAAGACGGGGCUUUGCUACACCAAAGUACAUGUCAACAGAGUGUAAUCCUCUUGUACUGCACUGCUGAUCCAGCUAAUAUAAUGAUUUACUGAUAAUGAUGUAAUUUCAUUAUUUAUGACUGGCUGACAUUAUUGUUAGACCUAAAUCACCAUUCUUUUUGUCUUGUCAUACAUUAGAAGGAUUAGUAAGCCCUUUAUUGUUAAGUCAUCAAAGCGUCCUUAAUUUUGGUGUCCACAUACAUCUACAUCUAGGACUUCUACAAGUGGUGUGUGUUUCAUUUUACUCCAUUAAUACAGAGUGGAUUUGAUUCCCCAUUUAGGUGACUGUCAUGCUGAGCGGUUUGUAACAUAGCCCUUCCUCACGCUGACGGGUUAUGGGACAGCAAUCCCUUCAGGAUACGACCCAGCUAGCAGAGGUCUUGGAUAUAAGUCCUGGACUCAGUGGGCUCUGCGUCUGUUGUAAUGUCUGAGAAGCCCUCGAUGACAGCGAUAGUUUCCAGAAUGCGGAGUCAAAAUACUUGUACGUAGAGUAGACCAUAGCCAUUUCUGCUGUAACAAUACAGAGCUUUGCUUUUACAUGAAUCAUCACAGCUAAACACAAUGGUGUAAUAUGUUUUUGGCUUGAGAGUAAAAUAAGGAAUCACACCACAUACAUAUAAAAUAUGGACAGUUACUGUAAUGUAUCUAAAAUCUCUGGUAUAUGCAGAUCUAUAAACAGCAGAACACAGAAGUACAAUACUGGGCUGAUUGGUCAGCAGAGUGAAGAGGGUGGAGUAUACAACAUGACUAUAAAUAGGCUGUGCCAGGUUGUUGGGUUGUUGUGAGGGCAAAGAGAUGACUGAGACCGCACAGUACAUUGUGCUGCUCAUGAGAGCUUGCAAGUAAAAUUUAUAGAUUAUUGAGAUUUGAGAACAAAACAGAGGAUAAACUUCCCACUAGUCAUCACAAGAGAUGUCCAGUACAAAUGUCCUGCCGUUGGUUGGAGGUUGGUCCCUGUCAGCCGGGCUCGUGGAGAUUGCUGUCAGGCUGUGCUUGAACCAACGUAAACAACUGUGUCCUCACGUGUGGGUUCCCAUCCUGAAACCCCAGCGCCCUUGCAUCCGUCCUCCAGUUUCAGAUCAGCUUCCCUCUGACAUCUUGAACCAAGGCUAUGUGACCCACCCUCUCUCAGGUUUCUUGGAUGAUGACGUUUUGAUCCCAAACAAGAAUAAACAUGUCGUUUUUGCUGACUCAAAAGGGCUGUCUCUUACAGCCGUGCGAGAAUUUUCUGAUGAAGAGGACCAGUGUGACCUCGACUUACUGCCAUGGCUCCAGGGUUUGGGGAGCAUGACAGGGGACGGCUACAGCUGCACCGUCAGCACCUGCUGCCCAGGAACACAGCUCAAACUGGGCUUCCCACAGCCCUCUGCUGAUUUCCAAGCCUUUCGUGCCAAGCUGGCAGAGAGCAUGAUUAUCCUGGAGAAGUGCAGUGUUACUGAACAGGCCCUUCAAGGUACGGUCCGAGUCAGGAGCAUCAGUUUCCAGAAAGAUGUGCGUGUGCGCAUCACCUAUGACUCAUGGCAGAGCUACAGAGACGUGCCCUGUGUGUACCUGCAGAAACGUUUCGGAGGACCUCAGACUGACAUCUUUGAAUUUGACGUUGCUAUUCCUAAAGUGAUAGAUGCCAAACGGAAGAUAGAAUUCUGUUUAAGUUAUUUACCAGGAGGACAUAGCGAGCCUUUUUGGGACAAUAACAAUGGACAGAAUUACAGCAUUGUAGUGUGUGUGAACUCACAUCUCUGCUGUGGAAAGAAUCCAAGUGAAAGGGCAUGACUUGAUGUGACUAGAUGUGAUCCCUGCUUUUUUACACACAGUCCUGGGUAAAGAUGAAAGAAUGUGUGACUGUUGAACUACUUUUGGAAAAAAAGAAGAAUGUUGUAAUAAGCUGUAUCUAUAGAGC